AUGCCUCCUUGUGGGCGCACCGACCGGGACAGAGACCACGGCGGCGGCGGAGACCCUGGUGGUGGCGGGGCGACCUUGCGAGCGGUGGCGGAGCGAAUCAGGAGCAAAUCGUACUUGAUUGUAAUUGAUGAUGUGAUUCAAGACAGAUGGCAGGUCAUCAAAUGUGCAUUCCCUGAUGACAACAAAGGGAGCCGGCUCCAGGGCAUACACAAGCUGUUCCAGCUCAAGUACCUGGGGCUUGGAGGAGGGGUACCUGCGCUCCCGAAACAGAUUGAGGAACUGGAGAAUUUGGAGACCCUGGAUAUAAGGCCGACGAGGGUCCGGCAAUUGGCGGUGGAUGAUGGUGAUUUCCAGAGGCUGGCGCAUCUCCUGGUGACAGGCGUCGAGCUGCCGAGCGGCGUGGGCAAGAUGAAGAACCUGCAGGAACUGUCGAUGGUGGACGUAAGCAAGAGCAACGCAGCAGCAGUUGAGGAACUCGGCGAGCUGCUGAAGCUAAGGAUCCUUGGGCUCAAGUGGAGCCUAAAGAAGGGUGACAAGGACUGCGCAGCUUGCGAGCAGAACCUGGUCGAUGCUCUGAACAAGCUCACGCUUCAGCAUCUGUGCCUCGAUGCUGACAAGGACUGCUCCCUCGAUUUCCUGGUGGAGUCCUGGUGCCCGUCAUCGAAACUUCGGGAGUUCAAGCUGGCCUGCUCACACUACUACUUCCCCCAUGUCCCGAAGACGAUGGCGAGAGCAGAACUCCCCAGGCUCACCUACUUGGAGAUUGGGAUGGCCACGGUAAGCAACGAGGAUUUGGACAUCCUCGGGGGCCUACGUGCCCUGAUCAUCCUCAAGCUACGUUCCGGAGACAGCGACAAGCAAAGGGUCGUCAUCGGUGGCCAAGCUGGGUUCCCGCUCCUGGAGCUGUUCUGGUUAGAGCGCCGUGACGGAGCCAUCACCGUCACCGGCCUGUCAUUCAAGGAGAGGGCCAUGCCGAAGCUCCGGAAGCUCCGUCUCCGGUGCAAGUACAACGCGUUGGGACUGGGAGCUGCACUUGCAGGUCCGGAGCUUGGCCUCGGAAACCUCGGCAGCCUGAAGCAGGUCCAUGUCAAGAUGGACCUCGAGGGCGUUGCGGAUCCAGAAGUGGAGGCCGCCGUGGCUGCCGUCACAAAAGCAGCCAACGUGCCUUCCAAAUGCAGGCUGGAGAUCAGCAGGCUUCCACUCUCGUUCUAG